AUGAAGUAUCUGAUUGCCCUGACCCUGGUUUCCUUGGCUUAUGCCGAUCCCAUCUACUACAGAGCUAAGGGGGUAGCUCAACUCCCUGCCGUUGGACGUGCUGCUUCACCCUCCUGGUACGCUGGUGCCUACGCCACCCCGGCCGCCGAUGCUGCCCCCGGUUACCCCUUAGCUAUCGCAUCUGAGGACACCCUGAACCUGAAUAAUGCCGCCAAAGUCCUAGCCUUCGAUCAGGCCAGUAUCGGUGCCUCAUCUGGCUACGCACCUGCUAUCCAAGCUUUUGCACCCGCCGCUACCCGUGUCUACACCUCUGCUGCUCUUCCUGCCUUAGACGCUUCCGCACCCGGCUUUCCGGCUGCUAUUGAAGCCGAAGACAGCCUGUCUGCUGCUGCCAAGACCUUAGCUAUCGAGCAGGCUGCUGUUGGCGCUGACUCUAGCUAUGCCCCGUACUAUAAGAGCGUCGAGGCAGCUGCUCCUUCAGCCCCUCUUGUUGCCGUGACCGAGUUUGCUCCUGCCGCAACCCGCGUCUUCGCCCCUGCCGCAGCUGCUGCUGCCCAUGCUCUCAACGCAGCCGCCCCCAUGAACUGGUUCGCUCCAGCUUCAACCCGUGUCUUCGCCCCUGCCGGAGCUGCUGCUGCCAAUGCUCUCAACGCCGCCGCCCCAAUGGCCUGGUUCGCUCCAGCUUCAUCUCGUGUCUUCGCCCCUGCCGGAGCUGCUGCUGCCAAUGCUCUUAACGCCGCCGCCCCCGUGGCCUGGUUCGCUCCAGCUUCAUCCCGUGUCUUCGCCUCUGCCGGAGCUGCUGCUGCCGCCAAUGGUCUUAACGCCGCCGCCCCCAUGGCCUGGUUCGCUCCAGCUUCAUCCCGUGUCUUCGCCCCUGCCGGAGCUGCUGCUGCCAAUGGUCUUAACGCCGCCGCCCCCGUGGCCUGGUUCGCUCCAGCUUCAUCCCGUGUGUUCGCCCCUGCCGCUGCUGCUGCUAACCAUGCCCUUAACCCCGCCGUCGCCGUGACCGAGUUCGCCCCAGCUGCAACCCGUGUCUUCCCCCCUGCUGGAGCUGCUUCUGCCGACGCCAUUCACGCUUUUGGCCCUGCUGCCGAUGCCACCAACUACGCCCCAGCUGCAGCACGCCUCUUCACUUCUUCUGCUAAUCCUGCCGGAGCUGCUGCCGCCACCUUAGUUUAG